AUGCGUUCUGCGUUCCAGCGUGUUUUAAAGAUGGCCGCCUCAACACAACUUGUCUAUCAACAAGAUGGGCAGAAGCUACUUCACACCGCCAAGAUUCUCUCCGUAGUCCCGGUCGCCGAUCUAGAGGCGCCUGACCAAGCCCUCGUGAAGGAUGCGCCAGAGAUAGAGCACGCCGUUAUCACGGACUCUACCAUAUUCCACGUCCAAGGCGGCGGUCAGCCUUCUGACACCGGAUCCAUGGCCCCUUCCGAUUCCACGGCCGCCAAAGCCGACUCAACUUUCGAAGUCAAGUCGGUGCGUCAGCCGGCUCAGGGUAACCAAAUCCUCCACUUCGGCCGUUUCAUCCAAACCAACGGAGCCACAGCCCGCUUCGAUGCGGGGGAGGAACUCCAGCAACACGUCGAUGCAGAGAAGCGCAGUCUCCACUCGCGUCUGCACACAGCGGGACAUGUCAUGAGUCUGGCCAUUCAUGCGCUCUCUCGCGAGGGCGUGCUCCCUCCCCUUAAGGAGUCCAAAGCCUCUCAUUACCCUGACUCCGCCUCCGUUGUGUUCAUUGGCACCCUCGAGGCCAAGCACAAGGAUGCUAUCCAAGCCAAGACGGACGAGUUUGUCAAGUCAGCCAGCCCCGUCAAGAUCCACUGGUGGCCCAUGGAGGAGGUUUUGAAGAAGUGCCACGUUAGCGAGGAGUUCACACUGCCCGAGGGAGAGACUCUGGGUCGCGUGGUUGAGAUGGAGGGCCUGGGAAGCUACCCCUGCGGUGGAACGCAUGUUUUGGAUUGCAGUCAGGUGGGCAAGAUCGAGGUGAAGAAGAUUUCUCGAUCCAAGGGAACAAGUAAGGUGUCUUACCGAGUCGCAUAA